AUUUCGACCCGCCCGCUUCGAUCUGGUUAUACGGAAAAGUACAAGCGGACCACGAAAUACAUUUCCCAGGAGGCAAAGGGGCGGAGGCGGUAAAAGCGUGAUUAUAUUAUUAAAAGAAAAAAUGAGAAAUGCUGCUCGUUAGAUUUUGCAAUGUGUACCUCACUCGAAAAGAAAACGGCAUUACCAUUGUAACCACUGAUUCAUGAUGAGUAAUGAUUAGAAGCAAUAAUUGGUAAUAGAAGCCUAUUAUGGUACAAUUUAAUAAACAUUCUGCUUUGUUUACAAGUUGGAAUCUCUGCGCACGCAGGUGUUACCCCAGCCUUAUUCACUUAAAAAUAAUGUUUCGCUUCCACUUUUCAACCCUACGCUCAUAAUUAUAAUAAUGCCCUUAUUGGUAUCGCCGGAAGUGGAGUUUAUCGCAAUUAACUCUUUUGAAUAAAGGGAUGCGUUUCUCAUAGUCGUCAGAUAUACGCCUUGGAGUAGCAUCCCGUAAAGGAAGAGCAAAUUUGUUUCUUUGAAGACUAACAUAUUUUGGCAGUACAUAAAUUGGUUGGAGUAUUGCCACGCGGAGGCUCCCAGCGAUUACCGAUCAGAAGCAAUUCCCCCUCCGGCGAGCGGACAUGGAGGAGCUGCGGCGAGAGGCCGAGAUGGCAGAGAUGCGGCGUCUGAUGGCGGCCGAGGAGCACCGGGCCCACCUUACUGGCCGGGUUCACAAUUUCGUGGAAGUCUGCUGGGAAAAAUGUGUCAACAAACCAGGCUCUAAGCUGGACUCCACGACGGAAACCUGUCUGACCAAUUGUGUCAAUCGCUACAUAGACACAAGACUGAUGAUCACCAAGCGCCUUGCAGAGAUAGCUCGGAAAAGCAAGCGCCCAUGAGGUCUACUUCAGCCAUGGACUUGGCAGUAACCCAUAUUCUUUGGAUUUGUUUCUAGACAGAAGUCCUACCUCAGUGUAGAAAUGUCUAGGCAAGUCUAACUGCUCCUUCCUGUGUGGUAUUGAACAGGACCAUGUAAAACUAUCUCUUGCCUACA